AUGCGGACAUGCAAGUAUGACGGCAAGACGGAUCUGGAGGAUCACAUAUCGGCAUAUGAGGGCCACACGCUGCUGUACACUAAUACCGAGUCGGUAUGGUGUAAGGUUUUACCCUCUACGCUAAUUGGGCUUGGUCAAACGUGGUUCAAGAGUAUACCACCAGCAAUUGUCUUCGACUUUUGCCAACUCACGUCCAUGUUUGUUACCCACUUUGUCAGUAACAAACGCAGGGAGAAGACUACCGGCGAGUUGAUGUCCAUCAAUCUGCAGCAAGAGGUGGCGGUCUUAGCCUUGAUGACAGGUCUGAAAGAAGGGACUGCCUUAAGAAGCUACCUGGGCCAUAAAAAGCUGACAAGCCUAACAGAAGUAUUGGGAAAGGCAAAUGACUUCAUCAGGGGAGAAGAGUUUGACAAGGCGGCAACUGCUAAAAGGCCGGAAGGAGAUGGGAAGGAAAAGGAGAAAGAUCGCAAGGAGGACAAGUAUCGGAAGGACAAGAAGCCGGACAAUUUCGGCAUGAGGGAGGAAAGCAAUUCCGUAAAGAAGGGACAGGAAGGGCGAUCUGAUCGAUAUCGCAAUUACACCCCUCUGACAAUGUCCCAGGCAGAGAUAUACGAACUCCACAAGACAGACAAGUGA